AUGAGACAGAUCAAAACAGUCAUAGUGGGCGACGGGGCAGUCGGGAAAACAUCCCUCCUGAUCUCCUACACCACCAACACCUUCCCUCAGGACUACAUCCCCACCGUCUUCGACAACUACUCCACCACCAUCUCCCUGAGGGACCCCUUCCUCUCCAGGGAAUCCCUGGCCAACGAGAACGAGAACGACCAUCUGGAACUGUUCAAGUUGAACCUCUGGGAUACCGCCGGCCAGGAGGAAUACGACAGAUUGAGACCCCUCUCAUACCCACAAACGGACGUCUUCCUCAUUUGUUUCUCCGUCGCUGAACUCUCCAGUUUCGAGAACGUCGUGGAUAAGUGGCUCCCGGAGAUCAAACAGAACGCUAACGUCGAGAGCUCGGAAUUGUUCUUGCAAUUUGGCAAGUUGCCCAUCAUGUUGAUUGGCACAAAGGCGGAUUUGAGAGAUGAUGAAGCGGUGCAGAAGAAAUUGCAAGAGACAAACUCACAGUUCAUUACGAGGGACCAGAUCGAUCAAGUCGUCGACAAGUAUGGGUUCUUGGGGUACGUGGAAUGUUCCGCUGCUACUCAGAUGGGUGUGAGAGAAGUCUUUGAGAAGGCCGUGCAAUAUGUGGUUUUUGAACCUGAAAGAUUGAGAAGAACUGAAAGGGUGAAGGCUAAGGAGUUGGAGGAACAGAAAAGAAAGGACCAACAAAAGCAACACGAGAAGGAGAAUAAAGUCCCUGCAAAGAGUAAAGAAUCAUCGAAACAACAACAACAUCCUCCUCCUCAGAAGAAGAUCAACAAACCAAAGACAUCAUCACACACUCAGCACUCUACGAAAUCAAAGAAACAAGGAAAAUCGAAAAAGAGUUCAGGAGAUUGUAUUAUCUUGUAA